AUGGCACCGUGGAAGGAGCAGGUCACGAAGUGGGACACCGCGAAGGUUGCAAAGCGGCGUCCAAGGUGGACCAAGCCGAAGCGACCCACGAAAGAUCUUGAUCCAGCAAUCCCGCGGCCAAAGCUUUCCGAUUUCGUUGCAGCCGCGAACGGGACCAUCGACGCCGAUGAGAUCCUUGACACGGACGACGAUGAAGAUGGCGAGAGCGGUGUUGGGCAAGACUCGUCGGAUUCGGAGGGCGAUGCGGCGGAGCACUCUGAUGAUGAUUAG